GUAAAAACAAAGACCAAAAACUGCACAGAAACUAUAAGCCUGCAAAGCAUCGAGCCAUGGGCAAGAGCUGCACAUCAAGGACCCCUCAUCACCAAGAUUACUGGUCUAAGAAGACGGCCAUCCUGAUAGCGACCUUACUGACCACCAACCUCCUUCUAGUCAUUGUGGUUAUGAGACUGAAGGUGACCUAUAGAGAGAGAUGUGCUGAACAGAAAGUGGAACAUUUCACAGAGGACAGUCCUCACAAUGACAUGACAGAACAUUUCACAGAGGACAGUCCUCACAAUAACAUGACAGAGUCUGAUCUCCUGAACAACACAGGACCCUGUCGGCCAUGUCCACGUCACUGGAUCCAGAUCGAAAAUAAAUGUUAUUUAUUCUCUGAGAAAAAGAAAACCAAAGAUUCAAGUGAGAAAUUCUGCAUCCAGAAGGGCGGACGACUGGCGACUGUGAAGCAGGGCCUAAUACAGAGAUUGGCGAGCACCAUGGAUCUUGAGUUCUGGGUUGGAUUAUCUGCCUUUGGAUCCCAUUACCAGGAGGAUUCGUGGAUAGGGGUGUGGACAGAUGGCAGCAUCGAGUCCGUUCGAGAAGGAUCUGGAACCUGCGCUAAAUUCAGCCGUCGCCUGAUCCUGGAGAAUUGUUAUAAGGAGAUGUUCUGGAUCUGUGAAAAGGACGGCUAGUGUUCGCUGAAUCCUUAGCCUGAAGGAGAAGAUCCCGAAGCUCCUGCUUGGAAUAUUUCUUAUACUUCUAUGUAACUGCUGUAAAUAUGGAGCUUUAGUGAAGGCAGUAAUAAGGUGGUGGUGAUAUUCGAAGGUCUCUGCAUCAAUCCCAUCAUGCAUCAUAAGACAUCAUAUAUAGACAGUGGUAGGAGACAUUAGGAGAGAUUUACCCAUCCAAAUAUGAAAGAAUUCUGCCACAAUCAGUAAAUUAUGUACAGUCAUGAGAAAAAACGUCCAUUAUUGCUUCAUUUUUAGUGAAUAG